AUGGUGCCCCACGUCGGAUCAUCUCAGACCGCGGGGUCCAAUUCACGGCUCACUUUUAGCGUGAUUUUGUACGCCUCCUCGGAUCCUCCCAAGGGCUCAGUUCGGCGUACCACCCGAGCACCAACGGAGCUGCAGAAUGGGCAAUCACUGCGGUGGAACGAUACCUUCGGAGCUAUGUCUCUUACCAACAGACAGAUUGGGUGGAGCUUGGCCAUGAAGGUACAACCUCUAAAGUGCACUGGAGAUGAAGCCCUUAAAAUUCCACAGGAAUGGUACCAGGAGGGAGAACUUUUGAUUGGUGGACUGAUGUCUCAAGUCCAUUACGUGUUCCCCGAAAUUAAAUUCAAAAGACAUCCUUCUAUGGAAUCAAUUGACAUCCCAUUUGUGAUAACAAAGUUCUACCAACACAUCUUGGCUUUAGUGUUUGCCGUGAAGGACAUCAACAAGGAUCCUCACAUCUUGCCGAAUAUCACUCUUGGAUUCCACAUCUAUGACAGCUACUCUGCUGCACUAAUGACCUAUCGUACCACUCUGGACCUGCUUUUUAAGUUGCAUAAAAUUGUCCCCAACUAUAUUUGUGGGACUCAAAAGAAAAUUAUGGGAAUCAUCGGAGGGAUGAGCCCUGAAACAUCCAUACGUAUGGCAGAAAUCUUGCAGCUUUUCAAGAUUCCACAGAUUUCAUAUGGCUCAUUUCAAUUUGUAGCAACGGUUGAAUCACGUUUCCCCCCUUUUUAUCGCAUGGCCCCCGAUGAAGGUCUCCAAUACGAUGGUUUAAUUCAGCUCCUCCUGUACUUUGGAUGGAAAUGGGUAGGAUUUGUCAUUGCAGAUGACAAACAUGGAGAACAUUUCAUACAAAUUAUGGAACCCAUGCUCUCGGAAAAUAAAAUCUGCUCUGAAUUCACGGAAAGAGUUGAGAGAAAUUUACAUUUUUAUGACCAAUUUGACCUGGUUGAACAAUGUGUGAGGCACGCUAUUUUGUUCACAGAGAAAACAGCAAAUGCAGUUAUUAUACAUGGAGAAAAUAUAGUCUUUAUGUGGCUGGCCUCUACACUAAUAGUGACCCCAAUUUUUGAAUCAACAACUUUUGAUUCUUCACAAAAACUCAAUACACGAAAAGUGUGGAUCACGAUGGCACAGAAUGAUUUCACAUUAGGUACCUUCCAAAGGGAGUUUGAUAUGCAAAUGUUCCAUGGGGCCAUUUCCUUCUCAAUUACCAAAAAACAACUUCCAGGUUUCCAACAAUUUAUGCAGUCUGUCACCCCUUCUGGGGCAAAUCAAGAUGGCUUCAUCAGAGAUUUUUGGCACCAAGCAUUUGGCUGCUCCAUACCAAAUAAAGAUGCUCCUGAAGAUGGGGAGUGCACUGGAGAAGAAAGACUGGAGAACCUUCUUGCACCCUUCUUUGAAAUCAGCAUGCUUAGCCAUAGUUACAGUAUCUACAAUGCCGUCUAUGCUGUGGCUCAAGCCUUACAAGCUGCUCAUACAGUUAGGACACACCAGAACAUACAAAAGGACAGGGAUCAAGUGCGAUCAAAGAGUGUAGAAGCCUGGCAGCUCCAUUCAUUUCUGCAGAGAAUUUCCUUCAACAACAAUGCUGGAGAUGAAAUUAAAUUAAAUCAAGAAGGAGUCUUAGAUGCUGGUUUUGACAUUGUAAAUUUGAAUACUUUCCCAAAUAACUCAUAUAUCUACGUCCCAGUUGGAGAGAUCGAUCGGCGAGCUCCUCCAAGAGAAACCUUCCGCAUACAACCAGAGAAAAUUCAAUGGCAUCAUGAAUUCACUCAGCUGCCUCCUCUCUCUUUAUGUAAUGAUCCUUGUCCUCUUGGAAAAAUAAAGAACAAGAUUGAAGGGCAAUCAUUUUGCUGCUAUGCUUGUGCUUCCUGUCCAGAAAAGAUGAUAACCAAACAAAUGGACAUGGAGAUUUGUGAGAGUUGUCCAGAGGAUCAGUUCCCAAACCAAGCUCACGAUGAGUGCAUUCUAAAGACAAUGAAUUUCCUCUCCUUUGAAGAGCCACUGGGCAUUAUUCUGGUGUCUCUGGCUCUUCUCUUUUCCUUCUCCACAGGUCUUGUGCUUGUAAUUUUCAUCAAGCAACGGGACACUCCCAUCGUCAAAGCCAACAAUCGCAACCUCACUUACCUUCUACUUACAUCCCUCUUUUUUUGUUCCCUUUGCUCACUUCUGUUUAUUGGACACUCCAAUAGGGCAACAUGCUUCCUCCGACAAACAACAUUCGGCAUCAUCUUCUCUAUUGCAAUCUCUUCUAUAUUGGCCAAAACCAUCACGGUCAUUGUAGCAUUCCUAGCAUCAAAGCCAGGAAGCCUAUUCCAUAAAUGGGUGGGGCAAAAGUUGGCCUACUCUAUUAUCUUGUUCUGCUCCUUCAUUCAAGUAGGAAUUUGUAUUGGUUGGCUGGCUAAUUCUCCCCCAUUUCCUAAUUUAGACAUGGAGGCACUCCAUGGAGAAAUCAUAGUAGAAUGUCAUGAAGGCUCCAUCACCAUGUUUUACUGUGUCUUGAGCUACAUGGGCCUCUUGGCCCUUCUCAGCUUCAUUGUGGCCUUCCUAGCCAGGAAGUUGCCAGACAGUUUUAAUGAAGCCAAGUUCAUCACUUUCAGCAUGUUGGUUUUCUGCAGUGUUUGGGUGACUUUUGUCCCCACCUAUAUGAGCACCAAAGGGAAAUACAUGGUGGCUGUGGAGAUCUUCUCUAUCCUGUCUUCCAGUGCUGGCUUACUGGGAUGCAUCUUCAUCCCCAAAUUCUAUAUAAUGAUAUUUAAACCUGAGCUCAACACUAGAGAGCAUUUAAUACAUAAGAAAUAG